AUGGAAGCUACACACAUUCGAGAAAAGGGUGUUGUUGUUGAGGGAAGUGAAAACAUUGCUGGUGGGAAAGAAAAUGAAGAAGUUCUCAAGAAGAUUAUUGCAACUCAUCCUUUGUAUGAAGUUUUGAUUCAAUCUCACAUCAACUGCUUGAAGGAAGCUUAUUGCAUGGCACUGAGCAAGCUGAAAGAGGCAAUAGAAGAACCAACAAAAGAAACGAAUGCUUUCAUCAGAGCCACGUAUCAUGAACUAAAGCAACUGGAAGAAGUGAAGAACCCAUAACUUUUCAUAAGUAGUUGGAAUCUCGAUGAUGAACUUGGUCCUUUCUAGCAAGUACCAUUACCUUAUUAUUGUAGCUCUUAUUUUCAGAAUGUUAUUCAC